GCCCCGCCCACUCCAGCCCUGCCACCCCGCGGCUGGUCUUCCGCUUUUCCCCUCUCGGUCCCGUCCCGCCGCAAAGCGCUCGGCCGCCGCGCAGCGCUUUUACGACACGGCGGGAGGGCCCUGGUGCCGGUGCUGGCGCCGUGACCAUGUUCGGGGCAGCGGAGGAGGACGAUGCGGAUUUCCUGUCCCCCAGCGGCGGUGCCAGACUGGCCUCUCUCUUUGGUCUGGAUCAAACAGUCUCAAGCCAUGGGAAUGAAUUCUUCCAGUACACGGCACCAAAGCAGCCAAAGAAGGGUCAGGUGGCAGCAGCAGGACAGGCAGCCCCGAAGGCUCCAGUGGCACCAGCAGCUCCAGCAGCUCCAGCAGUGUUUGUGGCCACUGCGGUUCAUGCUUAUCGAUAUACAAACGGGCAGUAUGUCAAGCAAGGCAAGUAUGGAGCUGCUGUAGUGGGGAACCAUGCAACUAAAGAGUACAGGAUCCUCCUUUAUAUCAGUCAGCAGCAACAGGUCGCAACGGCAAGGAUCCACCCAGGCUUCAUACUUACGGUUCAACCCAACAAUUACAGCACAUUCUAUGAUGAUCAGAGACAAAACUGGUCCAUCAUGUUUGAGUCAGAAAAGGCAGCGAUGGAUUUCAGUAAGCAGGUGUGCAUUGCUAAAUGCAACAGCUCCCCAGCGCUCGAUUCGGUCCUCUGCCAGGAUCUCCUCCUGGGGGAAGGGCAGGGAGUCGAAGGAGGAGACUCCCUGGAGGUUGCCUACACGGGUUGGCUGUUCCAGAACAACGGGCUUGGACAGGUAUUUGACUCAAAUGUUAACAAAGACAAGCUGUUGCGGUUAAAGCUGGGAUCUGGGAAGGUCAUCAAGGGCUGGGAAGAAGGAAUGAUGGGGAUGAAGAAAGGAGGACGAAGGUAUCUCAUCAUUCCUCCAACAUGGGCCUACGGGGCUCAGGGAGUGGCUGGCCGUGUCCCUCCUGACUCGACUCUAGUUUUUGAGGUGGAAGUUAGGCGGGUGAAGUUGGUGAAGGAAUCUUCUGGUUCGGAUGGGCUGAGUGUUAGUUCAAGGGAUUCUCCCGCACCUUCUCCAGUACCCAAUUCAGACGGCUUCUCUGCAGAGACUGGUUUAUUGCCUCCAUCGACGAUACCUCCAAAACCUGGGGAGCCGGCUGUCCGGGCCAAGUCAAACUCCAUCAGUGAGCAGCUGGCAAAUCCAGAUGUAGCAAAGGCAAAGCUGAUCUCUCGGAUGGCUAAAAUGGGGCAGCCCAUGCUGCCUUUCCUUGCUGGGACAGCAGGCAGUCAGCUUGACUCCAGUGACUCAGAAAUUGAGGAUCCAAAUACGCUGCGAGGGACAGCGCAGCCAGCGGCUGCGCCUUCGGUGAGACCGUCACAGCCAGCUCACGUGGUGCUGCCUACAGUGUCAACACAAGUACCUCAACCAUCUGGUUCUACACCCCCGGUGUCUUCUGCUGCUUUAAUACCAGCAACGAUGCAGCCCCAUUCAGCACUGCCUGGAGGAGCACAGGGGUUUCAGGCAUAUCCAGGAAUGGCAUUUGCUUAUCCCCAAACUGCUGCCUCGGCUUCUCAACUCCAGCCUGUAGGACAGAUGUAUCAUGCACAUUACCAAGCACCCGGGGACGUUACUUCCUUUUUGAUGACAGAAGCUCGGCAGCACAACACUGAAAUCCGAAUGGCCGUUAGCAAAGUUGUGGAUAAAAUGGAUCAUCUGGCUGCCCAGGUGGAGGAAUUGAAGAAACAGAAUGCUGGAAACAGCUCACUGUUGCCUGGUAUCUCCUCUGUUACAAUGGAAGCCUCUAUGAUCAUGAGCAAUAUCCAACGCAUAAUCCAGGAGAAUGAGAGACUGAAGCAAGAGAUAUUUGAGAAGAGCAGUCGUAUCGAGGAGCAAAAUGAGAAGAUCAGCGAGUUGAUUGAGCGGAAUCAGAGGUAUGUCGAACAAAGUAACUUGCUGAUGGAGCAGAGGAACCACUCGCUGCAAACAACAAAUGAAAACACACAGGCAAGAGUGUUGCAUGCAGAACAGGAGAAGCACAUGCUGCCAGUGGAUCGGGGCUGGGACCAGGCCAAAGUCGCAGAGGAGUUAGCAGCUGCCACAGCCCAGGUUUCCCAGCUGCAGCUGGAGUUGACAGCCCACCAGAAGAAGGAGAUGGACCUGCGGAAACAGCUGUCUGCAGCCCUGCAGGAGGCAGAGCGACACGAGACGCAGCUCAACAAACUGCAGGCACAGUUGGCAGAGCUCCAAGAAGCCUCUGAGGACACUCAGAGUAGAUUCAAAGCUGAGAAGCAGAGCCGCAAGCAGCUGGACAUGAAGAUUGCAGCAUUGGAAGAAGAGUUGACGGACCUAAAAGUGGAAAAGGAGACUCUGGAAAAGAAUCUUGCAGAGAGAAAGAAGAAAUCCCUUUCAGAGAGAGCUCAGGCAGAGGAAGAAAUGGAAGAAAUACGCAGAUCGUAUCAGCAAGAGCUGGACAAGCUUCGGCAGCUGUUGAAAAAGGCACGGACUUCGACUGACCAGGCAGCGGCAGAGCAGAUGUCCCUCAUCCAGGCAGAGCUGGAAUCCCAAUGGGAAGCCAAGUGUGAACGUACGCUGGCCUCGGCCAAGGAGCAGCAUGUCAGACAGUACCAGGAGGUGUGUGAGCAGAGAGAUUUCCUGCAGCAGCAGGUGUCCCAGCUGGAAGAGAAGCUUGCGGCUCUAAAACAUUCGAAGAAAGCAGAGGAGCAAAAAUUGUUGGAGUGUCAGCAGCAUUUGGAGCAACUAGAGCCUAUCAAAGAGAAGUAUUCAGCCUUGCAGUCUGACUUUGUGGUACUAAAGGCUCGCUAUGAAGAACGCAUCCAAGACCUGGAAAAGGAUCGGGAUGGAUCUUCACCUGCAGCCUUCACAGAAGAAGUGAAGAAGAUAAUGAAUGGUGUAUUUCAGUCUCUUCGGGGUGAAUUUGAUCUGGAAGAGACCUACAGUGGCAGGACAGUUCUGGGCGUUGUCAUGAACACUAUUAAGACUGUAACGCUGCAGCUGCUCAACAGGCAGCAGGAGAGACCGGAUCAGGACAGUGUGAAGGAGGAAUCUGGAGCAGCGAGACAGGAGGGAUCACUUGGAGAAAAGGCAGAGCACGAAGGGCCCGUGCAGCAUAGCCCAGCAGAUCCUGGGGAAGCAGCUACAGGCUUCACGGUGUCUGACCAGGAAUGCGAGUCUGCUCCUCUGUCUGCCAGGCCCGGAACUCCUGAGGAAAAGCAGGCGACACAGAGCAGUGUGGUGUCAGAAGAAGAGAAGGUCCAGGAGGAGCAUCUCUCUUCCAGAGCGGAAUCCUGCCUGGAUCCUGAUAAGGGGCCUGCCCUUGCAGGACAGCCUGAGGCAGAAGAGGACUUCGUCCCAGCUGAGCGAAGGCAGGAGAGCAGUCCCAGCAGGAGCACAGAGACAGAACACAGUCCCUCCGAAGUGUCUUUGCAGGCAGCAGAUGCAGAACCUUCUGAUCUAGAAGCCAAGACAAGAGAAGCAGAUAUGGCAGUGCUCUCAGAAAAGCCAGCUGUGGAGCAGAAGGCAGAGGAGCCUGUCAGGGGUUUCGAGCCCCCUCCCUUAAAUGGUGAGGGAGGGAACUGCACAGACCCAUUGGAUGGGUUUAGUGCUGAGAAGGAGCCCACUGCGGCAUCCAGCACAGCAGAGCCGAGCUCAGCUGCCAUUGCAGAAUCCCCAGGACAGCAGGAAGAGAGCUCCAUCCACACUCGAAAGGAUUCUGGCCUCUUUGAGGAUGACAACUUCUUUGAAACAGCAUCUUGUAAACCACAGAAGCCUCGAGUUCCCUCUGAGGAGGAGGAUGAAGAGGAAGUGAGCAUGAAGGGGCGUCCCCCUCCGGCUCCGCUCUUUGGCGAUGAUGACGAUGAUGAUCUGGAUUGGCUGGGAUGAAGAGCCGGCUGGUGAGCCUGUGAGCCCUCUCCUCUGGGCGAGGCCUCUUCCUGUGCGCGCAGCUCUUGACAAACGGCGUAGGUGGGACAGUUGUGACCAGCCAGGGCCUUCUCAGGCUCUUGCGCUGCAGAGCUGGUGGCUCUUUCUGCCUUCACAGGCACCCAGACCCAUCCCUCUGACCUGGCAAAGAUAACAGAGAUUGGGGACAAGCUGAAGGCAACAACCGGACUUACAGCACGUUUGGAUCGCUGUCCUCCUCCUGUCAACUGUUGAUUCCUUAGUCUGAACCUUUAUGCAAAUGUGAACUCCAAGUGCUUCAGAACGAGUCUGGCUGGACCCCGCAGGCGGUAAUGACUUUAACAGACUAAAAUCUCUCCUCCUUCCCCAGGAAGAUCUCCUUGGAAUAUCCCUUAGUCCCAGCGUGGCUCCAAGGGACUCUGUCCCCUCUCACCAUGUAUGAGCCGUGCGUGGUGGGAAUGUGCAGAGCCCCCCGGCAGGUGUUCCCUGCCACGCCAGGCUCCGCUUGCGGAAGUCCCAGCACCAAGGGGGCUUGUGGGUGCUGUUGUAGGGUUGGAGCUGUGGCAUGUGGGACGCUCGCUGUCCCCUCCAGGGGCACGUGGUGGCCGUGCUGAAGGGCAGGGCUCCGUGAGACCCAUGCUCCGAGCACGGAUGGAAUUGCAGCUGUGGGAAGCUGCAGCCCCAGCUGUUUGUAGGUCAUCCCAAAGCUCAAACAAAUGGUUCACAGCACAGCCUCUGCCACCAGCUCUGCUCUGCUCGGGGCCAGAGGGGAGAUGAUUGAUUUGUUGCAGGGUUGUGUGUCACGGGCAGUGAUGCGGCUGUGGGAUGGGCUACCACUCAAGAGCGUCACCGCAGGCAGCCCAGCACAGCUCCUGUGCCUUCUUCUCUGCUGCUGUUUAACAUGACCCUCACGGCACGAGUUCAGACUUUCUGAGGGUGAGACAGAGGCCGCAACGCAACCUCAGCCGGGCCCUGCGGGGCAGCCAGGGCAGCAGGGAGUGACUUUGCCAUCAACAUGGGCCAAGAAGGGGGAAGCAGGGAGCGGUGGCAGCUGGAUGAACGCCUUGGGUUCCUCAGAGCACUUCUACACAACUUAAAACUGUGAGCAGUUUUAGUGUCUUUAAGACAAAUAAACCCUCUGUCGCUUAAUGGAAUGGAAGUGCUUAAAGUGAUUCCACUGCGGUUUAGUUUCUGCAACUGCCUGUUGUCAUCCCUGAGCUGAACUUGAUCCAUGUUCUCCUAAGGGGGAUUCCUUGGGAGGAGAAAGAGCACUGGGCAUCCCUCGGCUGGAGGGCAGCAGUGGGAGGGAUCCCUGCCCUGCACCAGGCAGGAUGAAUGCAGCCACAAUUGUGGAUGAGACCAAAGCCCAGGGCAGAGCUGCCCUGCAGCCGCUUGUCUCGUGGGGUGAAAGAAGCUGUGGGUUCCUGGGGAGCCACUCCAGGACCAAAGCCCUGGGCUGUUAUUCUGGGCUGGAUCUGGCAGGCUGAGACCCGGGUUCCCCAGGGCUGCCCUGCCCUGGGUGUGGGCUCUGCACCCCUCUGGGCAGGGUCCUGGCCAAGGCCCUCCCUCAUACUAAUCCCUUCCCCUUCUGGUUCCCCCUUGCACACAGGCAACUCGAAGGAUUUGCAUUUCACUUCUUGAACAAUAAAGUGCAAUUACACCUGUAUUUU